CUCAGCAGGGGCAAUUGGCUCGGAAUUGCUCGUGGCCAUGGGCCAAUUGGGUAUUACACCUUGGCCUGACCCGUCGAGCCGCAUCGAUCGAGCCCGAACUCGGCCACCGGGUCGCGGCGUGGUCUCGUGAGGUGACGACGGCUCGGGCUUGCCUCGCGUCUUUGACGAACUUCUUUCUCGGGACGCAGGGACGCAGGGUCCACCCGCGUAAGCAGAUUUUUGCCGUUGCUACCCGCCAGGACCUGCCUCUUCUCGACAGACAAGAACAAGGACCAGAACAAGAAGGAGAGGGAGGACCACCUCCGUCCCGUCUCGCCGUCUCGCCGUCUCCUCCGUCUCUCCCGGGCCCAGAAACAGAAGUCACGCCUCGACUUCCGAAACCAAGCUAACAACAUCUGAACCGUCUCUUUUUUUUUCUUUUUUUUUUUUCUGGACUGCACACCCACCUUCAAGUCCCCCCCUUCCGUGGAUACUCUCCUCACUUAUUUACUCACAUACCCACUCACAUACUCACCCAACUACGAUGGGCUCAGCCAGCACCUACUCCGUCUUCGACGCCGCCGAGUUCGUCGAGCCAGACGGCAUCUUCGAGGUGCUGCGGCGGUACGCGGCAGACCCCUUCCCCGACAAGGUCAACGUCUCGGCGGGGGCGUACCGCGACGGCGAGGGCAAGCCGUGGUUCCUGCCGUCGGUGCAGAUGGCCAAGAAGAAGAUCGCCGGCGCAGACCACGAGUACUCGCCCAUGAUGGGCUUCAGGCCCUUCCGCGACGCCUGCUACGACCUGCUGCUGCACGACACCGCCCCGCUGGCCGAGGGACGCCUCGCCGGCGUCCAGUCCCUCUCCGGCACCGGCGCCCUCCUCCUGGCCGGCAUGGCCCUGCGCAAGGCCAACGCCGGCAUCAAGACCGUCUACCUGACCACGCCCACCUGGCCCAACCACGAGCUGCUCUUCGAGACCAUGGGCUUCGAGGUCAGGUGGCUCCCCUACUACGACGCCGCCGCCCGCGCCCUCGACGAGGACGCCCUCGUCGCCGCCCUGCACGCCGCCGAGCCCAACGCCGCCGUCAUCUUCCACACCUGCGCCCACAACCCGACAGGGUGCGACCCCUCGCGCGCCGCCUGGGCCCGCAUCGCCGGCGCCGUGCGCGCCCGGAACCUCUUCCCCGUCUUCGACAGCGCCUACCUGGGCUUCAACUCGGGCAGCGUCGACGAGGACGCCUGGCCCAUCCGCCACUUUGUCGACGAGCUGCGCCUCGAGGCCGCCGUGUGCACCUCCUUCUCCAAGAACAUGGGCCUGUACGGCGAGCGCGUCGGCACCGUCACCUUUGUGCUGGGGUCGAGGGAGGCCGCCCACGUCGUCCAGAGCAUCCUCGAGAACGCCCAGCGCGCCACCAUCAGCACCCCGCCGCUGUACGGCGCCCGCAUCGCCGAGGCCGUGCUGACCACCCCCGAGAUCAGGGCCCAGUGGGCCCUGGACCUCGUCACCAUGAGCGGCCGCAUCGUCGCCAUGCGGAGGAGGCUGUUUGAGGAGCUCGUCAAGCUCGGCGCGCCCGGCGACUGGAGCCAUGUCGUCAAGCAGUCCGGCAUGUUUGGCUUCCUGGGCCUGAGCGAAGCGCAGAUUGAGCACCUGGAGACUGAGCACCACGUCUACAUGGCCUGCUCCUCGCGCAUAUCCGUCGCUGGGCUCAACGACGGCAACGUCGAGUACUUUGCGAGGGCGCUGGACGCCACCGUGCGGACUGUUGCUUAAGUAAGAGGUUGGUGGUUCGUCACGGCUCAUGGCUCACGGCUCACGGCAUUGCAUGAUCACUGGCGUUGAAAAUAGCAUUGACUUCAUGGCGGUUGUAUAUAAUUAUUUUGUGUACAUAAACAACAAAGCAAGCAAUCAGCAUUCAUUUGCAA